AUGUCCUCUGCAUCUAGUCAAAUGCCAUCAAGCAAUGUAAAUGCUGAACAAAAUGAUACAAUCUUGCGUAUCGAGAAUAUGUCAGUGCAAAUUACCAAUAAUACCUUGGUAAAUGAGUUUUAUAAUGGUCGUCCUUUUCCAGUACCACCAAAAAUAGACACCGAACCCUCUAUGUGA